AUGUCUUUUGCCAGCCCCUGCACUGUAAAUAAAUGUAAAACGCACCACUCCCUUCCCAGGCCGCCAGCGGCCUAUCCCCCAGCGCUACCUGCACCUCAGGCACCGCCAUCGUACCCGUCUCCACUGCCACGUCCGCCAACACCAGAGCCGAGGCCGCCCCCUCCCCCGCCACCACGCAGGCCACCCGUUCAGCCUCCACCGGCUCCCCUGCCGAAACCACCCGCGCCUGCACCACCGCAAUACCAACCCUCACCACCACAAUACCAACCUCCCCCACCGGUGUACCAGCCGCCACCUCCAGUUUCGAGACCACCGCCACCCCCUCCUGCGCCAAGGCCACGACCUCCUCCUCCAGCUCCAAGGCCUCCAGCUAGACCACCACCAUCGUACCUGCCACCCCCUCCGGCCCCGAGACCACCACCACCCCCUCCUGCUCCAAGGCCACCACCUCCUCCUCCGGCCCCAAGGCCUCCAGCUAGACCACCACCAUCGUACCAGCCGCCACCUCCGGUUCCGAGACCACCACCACCCCCUCCUGCUCCAAGGCCGCCACCUCCUCCUCCGGCCCCAAGGCCUCCAGCUAGACCACCACCGUCGUACCAGCCGCCACCUCCGGUUCCGACACCACCACCCCCUCCUGCUCCAAGGCCGCCACCUCCUCCUCCGGCCCCAAGGCCUCCAGUUAGACCACCACCAUCGUACCAGCCGCCACCUCCAGUUCCGAGACCACCACCACCCCCUCCUGCUCCAAGGCCGCCACCUCCACCUUAUCGACCCCCCCCUCCUGCAGCACGGCCUCCACCCCCACCACCACCAGCACCAAGGCCGCCUCCUAGAAGGCCACCUCCAUCAUAUCAGCCACCAGCCCCAGUGCCCGCUCCUCCUCUAAGGCCAGCGCCUCCUGUUCCAAGACCGCCUGCACCACGACCACCUCCGCCCUCUUAUCCUGCACCUGCGCCUAGGCCAGUGCCCUCCAGACCCCAGCCGCGACCACCACCCCCUGCUCUUAGACCCCAACCCCCCCCAUCUCGACCCGUGCCGAGGCCUCAACCACCGCGCCGACCACCGCCGGCUUACGUGCCCGGACCCGCCCCGGGUCCCGCGCCUGGCCCUGCCCCUCGUCCAGUUCCGAGACCCGUUCCAAGACCAGGCCCCUCUCCGACGCCUGGAUUUGGACCUGGACAAGUCGUGUACCAGCCACCGGCGGUCUAUAUACCAUCGACUGUGUAUGUGCCGUCUGUGAUACCGGCUCAUGCACCACCGCCCUCAUAUCCGCCACCCCCACCUCCUGCUGCUGCUUUACCGACACCGGCACCACGUCCGCGACCUCUGCCGAGACCCCCACCAUCGUAUACGCCGCCCCCAGCUGCUCCGAGGCCGGCACCGCCCCCCCUUGCACCGAGACCGCCACCACCGCCACCACCGCCUCCAAGGCCGGCACCCCCUCCCGUUUCUAGGCCGCCGCCAGCGUACACGCCUCCGCAGGCGCCACAAGCGCCUAGACCACCGCCGCCCCCUCCUCCAGUUCCGAGACCACCCCCGACAAUACCUCGGCCUCUACCACCACCUCCGGCGCCAAGGCCUUUGCCCCCAAGGCCUAGUCCACCUUACCAGCCUCCUCCCCAAGGUCCUAGACCUGCUGGCCCUCCUGCUCCACCGAGAAGACCUCCACCAGAAUACAGGCCUCCUGGUGGCUCACCGGAAGAGCAUCAUCCACCGGAUGACGAUUUGUUCCUAGUUGUGUUGCUUCCGAACGAAGGCGGAGGUGACGGCGACGAAGAGCUGCCCCCAGAACGACCCGCGUAUACAUAA